AUGGCUGAAGAUGACAUUUCUCUUUCCCAGACAGCGGAUGAUACAGAUUUACUUAGUACUGAAGAUGUGAUCGAUAAAGAAUUAAGUAACGUAGCCGAAGAAAAGUCACUAAAUGUUUCAUUAUCUUCACAUACAAAAGAAAAAUCUGAUAAGUAUAUGUCAGAUCAUAGAAUUGUACGUCGAAUUGUGGCUGAAGAUCCUAAUUAUAAUUUAGUUAUUGUACCAACAUUGGUCAAUUUGUGUAUAAAACAUUGUACAGAAAAUUUUGUAUAUAAUCCUAGACCAUUGAUGUAUUUAAACAAUGAACAAAAACGUCAAAUAUUAGACAAUCUACCAGCGAAUUUACCAUUGAAAGUCACAUCACACAUUAUUGAUGAUAAUUCAUAUUGGGCACGGUGUUGUCAUGUUAAAUGGCCAAUUAUCGAUGUGACACGUUAUGAUGGAUCAUGGAAACGUGCUUAUUUUGAACGUUUAUUAGAAGAAAUGAUUGAAACAUUUGUACCGGGCACAACCUAUGCACCAUAUUUAAAUGAAUGUGUCAAUUAUGCUGCACCGUAUGUUCAAUGUCUCAAUAUUCGACAACUUUUACCACCUUAUAAAGAACCGGAUUUGGAUAAUGAAUCCGAUAACGAGAGUGAAUCAGAUAAAGCCAAUCCCACCAUAGAACCAGUUGAUCAUUUAGAUUUAACGCCAAUUUUACAAAAAUUAACACAAUUAAAAGAAUUAAGCUUAACUUAUACAAUUAAAGAUUGUGGAAUGAAUUUUGAAUGGUCAUUAUUUCAAUUUACAAUAACUGAUUGUUUAACUUUAUCAAAAGCUAUUCAAAAACAUCGUUGUUUAAAAGUAUUUAAUUUAACAAAUAGCCAUGUUAAUUCGGAACAAUGUCGUAUGCUAGCAACUCAUUUACAAAAUCAUCCAACUUUACGAUAUUUAAAUCUGUCGCAUAAUUCUAUCGGUCAACGUGGUGUACGUGUUUUGUGUAAAUUAAUCACUGGAAAUUGUCAAUUGAAAUCAUUGAAUUUAACUAAUAAUCAUUUGAAAGCAACAAGUGCCGUGGCAUUAGCUCAAGCUCUAACUCAAUCCACUUGUCAACUGGAACAAUUAAAUUUACGUUUGAAUAAAAUUGAAGACGAAGGUGGUAUUGCACUGGCAAAUGCGCUAGUUGAAAAUUCUUCAUUAAAAGAACUUAAUCUAGCCGCAAAUGAUUUACAUGAAGAGACAGCAACUCAUUUUGGACAAAUGCUGACACAAAACACUACAUUAACCCAUUUAGAUUUAUCCAAUAAUCAAAUUGGUGUAGUUGGCAGUGAAAAACUUCAAGAUGGAAUGGAUCAGAAUUCAACAUUGAUUUAUUUCGAUUUACGUUUUACUGGUAGCAGUCAAGAAGCAGAAUUUGCCAUAAGUCAACGUAUUGAAUUAAAUCAAAAACUGUUGCGUCAAUUAGAGGCAAGUGAAUAA